CCCAGCAGCAUCUCAGCCGAGCGCCAGCGCAAAAAUGCACUGAAAUACGCAUUUUAGGACAUUUCCACCCUCGUUCGGUUUGCCAUGAGGGCGUGUGAUGGGAAUAACGGGGAUGUUCGCACCGGAUUACGUCCCUUUAUUCUGAGAGAAAAGCGGAUUGUUUUGCGCUCGAGGUGUUAACGCAGAAAAAAAAAUACAAAAAUGAAGAAGCAAUUCAAUCGGAUGCGACAGCUUGCCAACCAGACUGUUGGCAGGGCAGAAAAAACAGAGGUACUGAGUGAAGACCUGCUGCAGGUGGAGAAGCGUUUAGACCUGGUAAAGCAGGUCUCUCAUAGCACACAUAAGAAGCUGGCCGCCUGUCUGCAGGGACAACAAGGCACCGAUUUAGAAAAGAGAUCAGUCAAAUCUCCCUCGAAAAAGUUGCCCCUGACGAUACUUGCUCAAUGUAUGGUGGAGGGAGCGGCUGUGUUAGGAGACGACUCUCUUCUUGGUAAGAUGCUGAAUCUCUGUGGUGAGUCAGAGGAGAAGUUGGCUCAAGAGCUGCUCAUCUUUGAGUUACAGAUUGAAAGAGAUGUUGUGGAACCUCUGUAUGUGCUGGCUGAGGUGGAAAUUCCGAACAUUCAGAAACAGCGAAAACAUUUAGCCAAACUCGUCCUGGACAUGGAUUCUGCAAGGACACGGUGGCAACAGUCGUCCAAAUCUUCAAGUCACCCUAGUAAUGUGCAGCAGGGCGGAGCUAAGGCUGAUUCCUUGAGAGAAGAAAUGGAGGAGACGGCCAAUCGGAUGGAGAUCUGCAGGGACCAGUUAUCAGCGGACAUGUACAACUUUGUGGCCAAAGAAAUAGACUAUGCAAACUACUUUCAAACGCUCAUAGAGGUUCAGGCGGAGUAUCACAGGAAGUCUUUGGAGAUUCUGCAGAGUGUGCUGCCACAGAUCAAAGCUCACCAGGAGGCCUGGAUAGAGAAGCCAUCAUAUGGAAAGGCCCUAGAGGAACAUCUAGCCAUCAGUGGCAGGGAGAUUGCGUUUCCUAUCGAAGCGUGCGUCACCAUGCUGCUCGAAUGUGGCAUGCAGGAAGAGGGUUUAUUUCGGGUGGCUCCCUCAGCCUCCAAGCUGAAGAAACUGAAGGCAUCACUGGACUGCGGGGUCAUGGAUGUGCAGGAGUACUCGGCUGACCCACAUGCCAUCGCAGGAGCCUUGAAGUCUUAUCUUCGUGAACUUCCUGAACCUCUAAUGACCUUUGAACUCUAUGAUGAAUGGAUUCAAGCUUCAAAUAUUCAAGAUAUGGAUAAAAGACUCCAAGACCUUUUGUGUACAUGUCAGAAACUACCAGCAGACAAUCUGAACAACUUCAGAUAUUUAGUUAAGUUCUUAGCCAAACUCACGGAGCAUCAAGACGCUAAUAAAAUGACGCCAGGUAAUAUUGCAAUAGUUCUUGGACCCAACCUGCUGUGGACACAUUCAGAAGGGAACAUGACGGAAAUGAUGACCACCAUGUCUCUGCAAAUCGUCGGCAUCAUUGAGCCGAUCAUUCAGCACGCUGACUGGUUCUUCCCUGGAGAUAUUGAGUUCAACCUGACAGGCAGCUACGGCAGCCCGGUCCACACCAACCACAACUACAACUACAGCUCCAUGCCCUCGCCCGAUAUGGACCAAUCAGAGCGCAAGCUGCAGCAUGACCAGAGCCGACGCCCACUCAGUGUUGCUACUGACAACAUGAUGCUGGAAUUCUACAAGAAGGAUGGUGUGGGUGUCAGAGUCAUGGACACAUCGUGGGUGAAGGGCAAAAGUUCCUCUACACUGGGCCGCAAAGCCUCAUCCACACCUCCCAGCGCACAACCGCCCGGCUCUCCUGCGGACACCCUGAUCACUGAGCAGCCCGGUGAGCUGGACACAUCUCCAAUCCCCACCCCCCCUCCUGGAGACAGGGGCAGCUCAGACGACGUGUUGCCCAAUCGGCCGGAUUCCUCACAUGUCUAUUCGUCCCACGCGGAGGAGCGGCCACCCCCUCCGUACCCUUCCUCGUCCUUGUCCUCCCAUCCUGGGCCUCACCACUUCUACCCCAAGCCCCCUCCCUGCGCUCGGCCCGUCGCCCCCGGUCCCGAGUCCCAGCCUCCCAGCUCCCCACCUCCGCCCCUGCGCUGGGUCGGCUUCGGCCCACCCCUUCCUCAGCCCCAACCACACCCAUCCUCUUCCUCCUCCUCCUCCUCCUCCUCACUCGAUAUCAACUCCAACCCCAAGCCUAGCUGCCUGCACUUUCCCAAACACGGCCCCGUGUGUGACGCGCCGCAUGCCGCUCCGCCUGAUGCCAAUGCCUCGCCCCUCUACAUUAAAACCCCUCUCGUGCUGACCCGCCACGACGUGUCCCUCGGAAACCCCCCUAGCUUCCCCUCCUCCGCCCUCCCGCCGUGGGCUGCCUGUCCAUGUGCCCGCGAGAGAGGACCCCCCAGGCUGACUAGCACUCUGAAGAGCAAGGAGCUCUCUCCUGUGAUUGGCCACAAGGCUGUGCAGGCGUCAGGAGCAACAGUGCCCCCUGUCAGCAGUCAGCAGAGCAACAGCCAGUCUCCCCACUCUGCCGAGCACAGCCCCCACACCUUACACAAAGCCUCUAAGAAACUGGCCCCUGUGCCACCCAAGGUUCCCUACGGCCAGUCGGGGGGGAUGUCAGACCAAUCCACAGGUCAGCCGUCUCCGGUUAGCCUGUCCCCCACUCCCCCAAGUACUCCCUCCCCAUACGGUUUGGGCUGUCCCCCUGGACACGCGCCCACCUCUUCCCCUGGCCAGACCCCAUUAGGGGGACCCUAUACGUUGUCCUCGCCGCCCUCUCUGACUGGUACGCUCACAAAAUCCCGACCCACCCCAAAGCCCAGGCAGAGACCCAGUCUACCCCCUCCCCAACCACCCACCGUCCCCUCUACAGCCCCCCAGCCCCUGGAGCAGGGUCUACUUGACGGAUUGUCCCCCGGGGAGAGCAUGUCCACAGCAGAUUUCUUCAGUUUGGAAAUUCCCUCCAUCAAUGUCAAUCUGGACAGCCUGUUGGAUGAGUUCAGGGUGCUCCCAUGUCGGAGCUCCUUUGCUGCGGUCAGCUCUCCGGAGGGGGAGUCCGUGUCCGAGGAGGAGGGCCAAAGCACCACGCUAUGACCCCUGAGCCCACCCAGCAGCAUGCCAGCUUCGCCCAGAACCCGUCCACUUCUGCUGAGGCCCAACUGGAACCCCACCUUGGCCAAACCCUCAGUCACGGAUACUUCAUGAGAGACUCGACAAGACGCCAACCACACAACAGGUGCCAUAAAAAAAGCAACAGAAUGGAUUUCGUUCAAAUUGCCACUGGAGGAACCUGGAGUUUUGUGUUCUGAUUCCGGUUUCUCUCUGAACGAUUCUGUCUGUUUCAUUUUGUUGUCGUGUUAUUGGUUUCGUUUGAUUGGGAUGUUUUUAUUUCUGCCUUAUCAGAGCUGCAAUUAUAAUACAAUGCACAUAGGGAGCAGUCUGCUGACUUUAAAGGAACCUCAUACACUUUGUCUUGCUGGAGGCUUUGAACUGAGACCCACCCUCAUGGUAUGAGAGUAGGCCGUCUUUGUUUUCCCUACAGGGUCCAUGCUAUGCUCUUUAUAGAUGACUUGGUGGCAUAUAGCAUGUUUAAGUUUUAAUUUUGCAAUGCUGAGGUCUUUCUUUCUUUCUUUCUUUCUUUCUCAAUCUCUCUAACCUACACUAAUCACUGCUUUAGCAAUCCAAUUCAGUUGACCUUUCGCUAAGUCCCGCCUUAAAGUGCUACUGACCAAUCUGGCCUUAGCAACUGUUGCUGCCCAUUAUAUUAUCAGACAAGUGCUCAUUUCUAAAGUAGAUCUAUGGACAGACUGUGUGUUUAAAUAAUUUUGUAAAAUUACAUUUAAAACUAUCAAAGAUUACAUUAAACUCUUGUUGCCUAUGGCUCAGACUGUAGUGCACAGCUCUAUCAAUGCCAAGGUCAUGGGUUCGAUUCCCAGGGAGAGCAAGAACUGAUCAAAUGUAAAUAUGUACCUUCCCAGCAGGCACAUAUUUGGUUAAAUUUCGGUUGCAAUGUCAGGUGACCAAAAUUCAGUGUCAAUUGGACGUCUAAUGUCAAUGUUAAUUUGAUGUCCAAUACUGACGUCAGCUGAUAUUGAUAUUUGUUGUUUUAGGUUAUGUAACCAAAAUCCAACAUUAAGUCAACGUCAAAUUGGCGUCAAAUACUGACGUCAGCCUGAUUUUUAUUCUCAACCAAAUGGAACGUCAACCUGAUGUUAUAUUGACGUCCUGUGCCUGCUGGGCUGAAUACAAGUUGCUUUGGAUAAAAGUGUCUGCCAAAAUUAAUAAAUAUAAAAGUAAAUAUUGCCUCACAAAAGAGAGAUCAAAUUGUCCCCCCUUUUCCAAAUCUUAGAAGUUGGGAAUCGCAUGAGGUGAAUUGAAUAAUGUGUCCUCAACAUGUAGAAUGGUAAACUGAAAUGUCCAAUUCAUUCCUGCGGUGGAUUCAGUCAAGUUUGUCUGAGUCAGCAACAGAAACUGAGGGGGCGGGGCUUAGCAGGGAGUCAAUCAAUUUCUGUAACAUUUUGAUAGAUAUGUUUAUCUGUGGCAGAACAUUAUCAGAACUUCCUGAAACGCACAUAAUACAGUAACACAGUGACAGCUGCUGCAGUAAAGUGUAUUUUCUUAAAGAGCCAAUACAAUAUAAUGCAGUACAUGGAAGCAAGGUAAGAAAUCCAGGGUUCCCACAGUCAUGGAAACUAUCAGGGUAUUUUAAUAGCGUCAUCGAAAAUUUUUAAAUCCCUCUAAAAAUCACGUAAUUUUCUAUAGUCUAUAUAUUUGUUUCUGUUCUGAAGUGUUUCUCUCUUUUUUUGUGAGAGUUUGCGAUCUCUAUAAAAUUCUAUUUCAAAAUCCUUAUCCUGGAAAUCUGUUCAUGAAAAUUCACAGAAGGUGAAGAAGGUGUGGGAACCCUGGAAAUCUCAAUCCCUCACCCCUUUACCUGCAAAACAGAAACAUUGCUUGUGCUAAAAUGGGUCACUGCAAACACUUUCCUGCAAAUGUUUCAUAAUGUUUACUACUGAGAUUAACUACUGGUUCUGUUCCAAUGCACUGCCUUGCGUUUUCCGUUGUCUUUCCGCACUCAUAUGCCCUCCAAAGUGCUUCAAACGCAGUGCCACACUAUCCCUUCUGUAUAUUCCAAUACUGUAUAUAAAGAUGUGUAGAUAAGUGUCAACGAGAGGACAAAUGUAAAGGCAAAUAUGAAUUAUAUAUUCAUAAAUGUGACAUGCCAUAUUUAUCUUGUAUAGAAAUAAUGUUCUAAGUAUUAUUUUGUCCCUGAACACUUUUUGUCAGGUUCACAUAGCAAGCGAGUUUUUUGCACUUUUGUAAGCCAUGAACUAGAUGUAGAAAUAUGAAUGCAGACGUGGUAGAAGUUUAGGUAGAGUUAUUCCCGAGAGAGAUUUUAUCCCUAAACCGACCUCAUCAAUAACAGCCUUAAUCAACAGCAUAAAUCAACUGUAUAGCUACUUACUAUUAUUAGAAAAUAUAUGAAGUCGAAGAUUACAAUAAUCGUAUAACAUUGGUUCAGUUAUACUAUUGUAUAAAAAAUGGAAGAUUAUAUCAAUGAAAAUACAAUGGCCCUAAAACAGUUUUGAUGCAUGGAAUCUGCGAAAUAAUGAUAUUAGAUCUUCUCUAGCGAUUUCGUCCAAUUACUUUGUCAACUGGUAUCGCUUUUAGUGGAUGCAUGAGGUUAUUUCCUCACUGAUGUCAUUCAUCACAUGAACUGUGUCCACGUACUUUUUAAGGCCACUGUAUAACAUAUCUCGCCAUAGGAUCAAUGGAAAAAUACAGAUUUUAUAACUUGGCAGGGAUCAUUUCGAAAUCAUCUCAAAGAUAUUUUAGGCCCUAAAGAUCCUUCAAAGUCUCAUUGCUUUUCCCCAGACACAUAAUCUGAUGCCACACUGAGAUGGCGCAUUUGUUUCAUGGGUAUACAACACCACAAGACUACUGGAUGCUGCAGUUUCUCUUGUCUGAACUUGUACAAAAAGCGCAAGACUUUAUUAAGGUCAAACAAACAUUAGCUCACUUCUGUCCCGUGGAAGGAAUGGGCACAGCGAACCAUCUCCGUUCUCAUACGAAGGACUCUACUUCCAACGAUGGAUAGCCAUGGCUUGUAUUUCUCUCUUUGACUAAGCAUUAGUGUACAUCAGGGACAAAAAGCCUUUUUUUUUUUUUUUGCUGAAAUCUGUGAUAUGCCUCAGUGUGUGUUCUUGAUGAAAUAUAGUCUAAUGAUUAUUGGUGACUGAGUUGUAGUUGUAGUGAUUACACAAUGAUAAUUGCAAGUGCCCUCACAUUCAGUAUUUAUAACCUGAAGCUACCGGCGAGUUUCGUGCGUACGUGAGGUUCUGUCUGUGCGGUGUUCUGUGAGGAGGCAGUCGUGUCCGUUUGAGUGUGCUGACUGAAUGUGAUUUCGCCUUUACUUGGAAGUGCACUAAAGUAAAGGCCUUAUAGCAGCUGCAAUGGACGCAUGGUUUAUUUUCUUUAUGCUCAUCUCUCUCCGUUAGCGCUCAUAAUGAAUGCUAAAGUUGUUGUUAAUGAAGACAGUAUGUACAUGCAUUCUCAUUCUGGUUCAAUACUGCAUCUGUUAUCCCAUGCUUUUCUAAGGGGAAAAGGCACAGGUAUAUGUGAUUUGUAAAUGAAGAUCAUUAGAAUCACAUCUUAAUUUGCACGUGACAAUGUUUAACAGUUAUACCCAGUAUGUUUAAGAAAUUGUUCAAAACAGAAAGAUGUAAUAGCCAUGAUGGAACUGUUUAAACCUGAUGAAUUGUGCAUACGUAAUUUUAACUGAUAAUUUGACCCACACAGAAUCUGCAGAAGUCACGUUUCACCCCAAAAUCAAAAGAAACAAUUAAGAAAUUAUACUUU